CGUCAUUGGCUAGAAAGUAGGUUAGUGGUGCGACAUUUACUCAAGGCAGAAAGUAGGUCAGAGACUACUGCUGUUUAUCACUGAACAUUUCUCCUGUAUUUAAAUGAGCUUACUAAACUUUUACCAUAUGAUCUAAUGGCAGACCAAAGAAUGGACAUUUCUUCAACAAUGAAUGACUUCAUGUCACCGGGUCCCACUGAUCUGAUUUCCAGCUCCUUGAGUGCCCCAUGCAUGGAGUACACUCGCAAGCGAAAGGGAAGCUCCACAGACUACCAACUUGAUGGCUUUUCUUUUGAAUCCUGGGGACGAGUAUUCAUACGACACGGUUGCGAGGCAGUGUGGUCUCAAAACCACAUGCCCAAGUUAAAUUCUGACUCUUUAGUGAGUACAGACAGAUUGAUGGAUGCUGAUUGGGAGGGGAUCACAGAUUACACGAACGACAGGGAUGGCAUGGACACUGACAAGGAUAAACAACUUGGACGGGAGUGCCCAGAUCAGCAAGGAAGAAUCAAGAAUGCCAGAGAGGCCCACAGCCAAAUUGAAAAGAGACGUCGAGAUAAAAUGAACAGUUUUAUUGAUGAGUUGGCCUCCUUAGUGCCUACUUGCAAUGCCAUGUCGAGGAAGCUGGACAAACUCACAGUGCUACGAAUGGCUGUUCAGCAUAUGAAAACGCUAAGAGGUGCUGCAAAUCCAUACACAGAAGCAAACUACAAACCUGCAUUCCUAUCAGAUGACGAACUGAAACAUCUUAUACUGAGGGCAGCAGAUGGCUUUCUGUUUGUUGUGGGCUGUGAUCGAGGGAAGAUCCUGUUUGUAUCAGAGUCUGUGUAUAAAAUUCUUAACUACAGUCAGAAUGACCUGAUUGGUCAGAGUUUAUUCGAUUACCUGCAUCCUAAAGACAUUGCCAAAGUAAAGGAACAGCUCUCCUCUUCAGACACUGCGCCACGGGAAAGACUCAUAGAUGCCAAAACUGGCCUACCUGUGAAGACAGAUAUUGCACCUGGCCCGUCUAGACUGUGUUCCGGAGCAAGGCGCUCCUUUUUCUGCAGGAUGAAAUGCAACAAGCCUUCGGUAAAAGUGGAAGACAAGGAUUUCCCAUCCACGUGUUCCAAAAAGAAAGCAGACCGCAAAAGCUUUUGUACAAUCCAUAGCACUGGAUAUUUAAAAAGUUGGCCUCCUACAAAAAUGGGACUGGAUGAAGAUAAUGAGACAGACAAUGAAGGCUGCAACCUCAGCUGCCUUGUAGCGAUCGGACGUUUGCAUCCUCAUAUAGUACCGCAGCCAAUGAACGGGGACAUCCGGGUGAAACCCACAGAGUACGUCUCGCGCCAUGCCAUAGAUGGGAAGUUUGUGUUCGUAGAUCAAAGGGCUACAGCGAUCCUUGCAUAUUUACCCCAAGAACUUCUGGGCACAUCGUUUUAUGAAUAUUUUCAUCAAGAUGACAUUGGACAUCUUGCAGAGUGUCACAGACAAGUUCUACAGACACGAGAAAAAAUAACAACAAACUGUUACAAGUUUAAAAUAAAGGACGGGUCUUUUAUCACACUGAGAAGUCGUUGGUUCAGUUUCAUGAACCCUUGGACCAAAGAAGUCGAGUAUAUCGUUUCUACUAACACAGUUGUUUCGGGCAGCACACUUGAUGGGGCAGACCCUACCUUUCCCCAGCUCGCUGGUUCCCCUCACAGUAUGGACAGUGUACUUCAAGCAGGAGACGGUGCGGUAAAGAGAGCCCUUCCGACAGUCCCUGGCAUUCCAGGAGGUACGCGAGCAGGAGCUGGUAAAAUCGGCCGCAUGAUCGCUGAGGAAGUCAUGGAGAUACAAAGGAUUAGAGGGUCUUCGCCAUCCAGCUGUGGUUCCAGUCCUCUGAACUUCACCAGCACACCCCCUCCAGACACCUCCUCCCCAGGAGGCAAGAAGAUUCACAAUGGUGGCACUCCAGACAUUCCGUCGGCUGGGCUUGUACCUGGGCAGGGCCAGGAUUCAAUAGGAUAUCCCUAUUCAGACAGCUCGCUGCUUAGUGAUAACUCCCAUAUUGGUAUAGAAAUGAUAGACAACCAAGGCUCCAGCAGCCCUAGCAAUGAUGAAGCUGCCAUGGCUGUUAUCAUGAGUCUUUUGGAAGCAGAUGCAGGAUUGGGCGGUCCAGUGGAUUUCAGUGACUUGCCAUGGCCCUUGUGAGCACUUAGCAAUGGAUGGGAUAUCCAGCUGCUGUAACGCACAGGAACCAAGGAAGCCAUAUCUGGACGUGCAAGCCAACCUUGUGUUCAUGUUUGGACUGAUAGGGGGCUGGAAACGGUGUUUAAGAGGCUGGGGAUUGAAAUCACUACAAUAUUUUUGCGUUGUGAAGCCGGUUGUAAUUGCUUCCGUUACCCAUUGUAGCUGUUCUGGUUAUUCAGGUUUUAUAAAUGUUUUAACAUACAGUACACUGUCAAGCUUUUUGAAUGCCUUUUAGGUUUAGUGUUUGUGUUUUUACACUACAAAGAUUUUCAUGUUGAAUAUUUCUUAUAUAAAUUGUAUCAAAGUUGUUCUAUAAUGUAAGAAUUCUACUAUAAAUAUAUGGUAAAAGUGUAUUGUGUAAGCAGUGACAUUUUUUAAAUAAAAGUUGUUUCUCUUGCUA